CGCACACGCACCGCACACGCACAUCAUGCCAAAGGACUCGUACUCCGGAGAAUCCUACGACGUCACGUCUCGUGGCGUUAAUGACCUGGGCAACUCCUACGACCACCGCGUCAGCGAGAGCGGCGGUCACUCCUACCACUACAGCAACAACGACGGGAGCUACUACUACCAGAACAACAACGGCUCGACCUACUACAACAGUGGGGACGGCUACAGCCGCUACACCAGCUCUGAGGGCAACGUCUCUCAGAAGACUGACGGCAAGUAGAUUGGGUUGGGAGACUCGAGAAUGCACCCUGUAUGAUAGUCGACGAAUGAUGGUGCACGAACAAUUUGAAGAUCGCG